AUGCCAGCAGAUACUGAAUUGGAUGAUGUUUUGUUGUUGGAGGAGAUUCAGCGAUGUCCUGAAAAGUAUUUCACACAGUGUCUUUACGGAACAGAUGCAGUUGGCAUUGUUGAUCUUCUAAAUCGCCUAAUUGAAUGUAAAGAUGGCUUUGAUGUAACAAUCCAAUGUCUUUCUUGUUGGCAGGAUUUCAUCGGUGCAAAUUACUGCUUGGAGCCUAUUUCAAAUGAACUUCAACAAUCUGAUAAUGCUGAAAUCAUAUGUUUAUGUCUGAUAUUUCUCAACCGUUUGCUGAAAUACUCGCCAAAUGCUAUUGCCCGAAUAAGGAUUGAUCACGAGUUGAAAGGUUAG